GGCAGCAAUGCAUUGUGGGGGAAAGUGUAGCAACACAAAUAUAAACACAAUAGUUAACUGAAGCUUACUGUUGGUAUUUUAGUUUAACAAAACCCGGAUAUUUUGAACACUAUUUCCCAGACACAACGCUGAGUAAGUGACCGAUGCCGGACCCAGCGGUAGACACAGUCCGUAAAUGAAGCGUUGUUUGGGGCUUGUUAUCAAACCGUCAACGGUCAUGAAGAUGGAACAGAUGGAAAUGGACAGUGAAAAGUUCUCUCACGUAGAGGUGGUUUUGGAGGAUGAACACUUUGACUCCAUCCCCUCUGUGAAUGGAGCAGCUAUUAAAAGCAUCCUGGAAGGUGCAGAGGCAGCUCGAGUGGAACAAAUAACACAUGAAGAGGAGAGUAAUGACCGCCCUGUCAAACGUACACAGAAGCGGAAUAAACGCAGCUUAAUUUGGAGGCAUUACGACGAGACGGACAGUUCUACAUCUGCUCGCUGCCGCAUUUGCAGUAAGUUGCAGAGCUUUGAAGGCGGCAGCACCAGCAACCUGCAUCGGCAUAUCUCAAAGAGACAUCCGGGAGUGUUUUCUCAGCUCUUAGCAGACAGGCAACACUCAUCACAGAGCUCAAAUGCUUAUAAGGACACAUCAACACAACCAGAGACCGUUGGUGCAACAGAGAAGCAGAGAACGUUUUCUGUGGACUUGGAUCUGGAAAACCCUGAAUCUGACACUCUGAAUGAAGCUGGCAUUAAUUCUGCUCUUAAUGGCCUCCUGGAGGCAGCAGAACAAAUAACCCAUGAGCAGGCGAGUGACAACCGUCGUGUAAAAUACAUACGGAAUAAACGCAGCUUAAUUUGGAGGCACUACGAGCACCUGGACAGUUUGAAUGCUGCGCAGUGCCACAUCUGCAUGAAGAAGUUACAGUGCUUUGAAGGCCGCAGCACCAGCAACCUUCAUCGGCACCUCUCUAAGAGACACCCAGCUGAGUUUACUCUGCUACUAGCAGACGGGAAGCGGACCUCUCCACCCAACUCCUCACAGAGCUCAAAUGUUAUUGGUUCCACAUCGACAUUGCCAGAGACCAUUGGGGCGACAGAGAAGCAGAAACAGUUUUAUGGAGCAUUGAAUGUUUCAAGAGCAUCAGAAGGAGAAAAGCGAGUGUUCAGGAGAGAGCAGGAGCUGAUAGAAGCUCUGAGGCGAGCGCAGAAAGAGGAGGCUCGAGCUCUGGAGGAUCAGAGGGAGCUGCUUGAGAAGCUGCGAGCAGUGAAUGCCAGGGAAGCGGCUGCAGAAAGAGAGCAGAUUGAGUCACUUAGGAAGGCACAACUGGAGGAAGCCAAAGCCUUGAGUAGACAAAGAGAAGAGCUGCAGAAGGAAAAGCAAGAGCUGCAGAGGGAAAGGGAAGAACUUCAGCAGGAAAGAGAAUAACUCAUAGUGUUUUCAAAAAAACCUGAGCCUGCCACCAUGACUGAAUGUAAAUCCUCUUUUAAGUAAAAUACAAUUGUAAAAAAACAA